AUGUUUAAGAAUCGGAGCGCUCAGAAGCCUGAUGGUGAAUUCAUCAGCCGCUUCCAGCAAGCAUUCUCAGAUAUUGUCCCUCGGCGAGACAGCCCAGUUGGUGAUGGCUCGCACAAUGUGAGCACGUCAGAAAAUCUGAUGUCCUCUACAAUGACCGAGAACAACGAUGUGAAAAUGGGUGGUCAUGAUAUCAAGUUCCCAAUCACCAACAACGACCGCACUCCCCGAAAUAUGCAUGAACUGGGGUUGACACCCUCAUGGAUGGAAUCCGCUUCAUAUGCCAUGAUGCCUCCUGUCAACCAUCACCCAGGCUUUUAUACUCCGACUUCUGCCGGAAUGGGUGCAAUGUUCCAUAAUCAGGCUGGUGAUUUACAUACCCCAACAGGGAUGCACUUGGUUGCGCCGCUCUCAGCCAUGUCAGCUGUACACAACCACCACAGUAACGGUUUUGAGCCCUUCCACCCGCAGUUCAUGAAUCCGAUGCACGAUAUGAGCCUAUACACACAGCAGCCGUCAUAUGCACCAAGCGCAUUCAUGCACCGCGACACCGUAUAUGACGCCAUGGAUGAUACGCUCGAUGACUCUUCCCUGAAUAGUGCACAUGUCGAAACAGCAUCUAAUGUGACGGCCUCUACGGAAUUCUCGACUCAAAUGGCUAGUGAUAUUUCCUAUGCCAAGGGUGAAAAAUUCCGUUUCAACGUUUCUUUACGAGCACCGACCGCCAUGGUGAAGCACGCGAGUGAAAUUCCUGUGACUUAUCUUAAUAAGGGCCAAGCAUACAACCUCUCAAUUACCGACACGAACCCCCCAAUGAUCAACCAUGAAACACUUCGAUAUAGAACGUUUGUCCGCAUUUCCUUCGAAGAGCAAGAACAACGAGCGAAACCGUCAGCAUGUUGGCAACUAUGGAAGGAAGGCCGUGGUACCACAGAAGCCCAUCAACGAGGCGGAAAAUUAUUAGCUGUUGAAUAUGUGGACCCUUUACAAGGAGGCAGUGAUGCCCACAGGCAUCGACAGGUACAAGUCGAGAGUAUGACAGUCGACGGUUUCUGCGUCACCUGGACCGCCAACCCCGCGACCGGCGCAUCGGAUUGCAACAUUCCCGUGCGGUUUAAUUUCCUUUCCACGGAUUUCAGCCACUCAAAAGGUGUUAAAGGAAUUCCAGUCAGACUGUGCGCCAAAACCGAGCUUCUAUCCCCAGGCGAGGAGGCAGGUGUAGCGCGUGAUACGGAACUGUCUUACUGCAAAGUAAAGCUCUUCCGGGAUCAUGGUGCUGAGCGGAAGCUGUCCAAUGACGUCGCGCAUGUCAAGAAGAGCAUUGAUAAGCUUAAGCAGCAAGUCGCCCAGGCCGAAAUGGGUGGUGGCUUCGCGAAGCGCAAACGGGGAAAUAAUAUUUCUGCUACCGCCAAGGGAUCUGACCAUCUUAUGAAGGGCCACAAGCGAACUUGGUCGGUGGAGUCGGAGGAAGUUCCGCCAGAGAAAGUCUCUUUGGAGGACGAUCUUCAAGCUAAGUUGGCUAUGAUGCAAGAGAUGUUCUCAUCUACACGCACAGUGAGCAUUUUCGGCUUACGCGGUGAAAAAUUCGACGACCCCGAUCUAUAUCCUAUUCAGCUAUUAAGUGACGGCGAUUCCCCUCGGUACGCGAGUAUGAGCCGUUCAAGCACACGCGAAUUGGAGACAAUGAUGCCCUCGCCGCCUAACACCAAUACCUCUUCUUCGAAUUCGCCGCCUACCCAAUCAAUCAGACUAGCAAAGUGUCCAACCACCAUCCAGAGAAUUCCUUCUGGCGACCAAGUCUCAAGGGGUUUCAUAGAGGCCGUUGGUGUGGAUUUGACCUACCGACCUCCGCCGGAACGCCUUCCCAAGCCGAUUGCAUGCUUUUAUGUUCGAUUGGCUGGCGAUUCGAAGCGCUCAGAUGACUACUACCGUGCAAUCUAUUUGACGGAACGUACCACUCGAGACCUCGCGAAGCAAAUUACCGAGAAAUAUCACAUCGACCCGAUGCGAGUCUCAAAUAUCACCCAUGCCAAUGAGAAAGGCAUGCGAGUCCUCGUUGAUGACGACGUAGUCCGCCAUCUUCCAGAGGGUCAAGACAUGAUCAUCGACAUUUCCGAAGCACCAGGUCUUAAUGGCAGUGCUCCUGGCACACCAGGGUCUGCCAUUGAGAUCAAACUAAUUUAUUAA